AUGUCUGCUUGCUUGCAGGGCAGUUGUCAGCCAAGGUCAGUUUUAUACCGAUUGACGGUCUUUCUUGAGCCCAAAGAGUUUCCCAGAGUACUAGCUGAAGCUGUACCAGCACAGAUGUAUUUUCCUGUUGCUUUGGCAUCAUUCUUCAUAGCAUAUGUUGUGACUUUCGGAUGGACUAACAUAGCAUCAGAACACUUUCAAUUGAUUCCACUUCUUUACAACUAUAUUAAUAUAAUUUUUGUUGGAGAUAGUGAUAAUGAUGAUUUUGAGGCACCAUCAAUUCCUUACCACAGGGAAAUUCCCAGAACUCUUUUCUUUGGUCUUCUUGGUGUUACAUACUUCGUCCUUUCUCGUCUAAUACUUCCAUUUCUCUUGGUCUACUUUUGUUUGGGAUACAUCAUUUAUCGCAACCAGCUCUUAAAUGUCUAUGUGGCAAAGUACGAGACUGGAGGAGAGUUUUGGCCUACAGUACACAACUGCACAAUUUUUUCAUUGAUUUUGAUGCAUAUUAUAGUAAUUGGGAUAUUUGGGCUGAAGAAGCUUCCACUAGCAUCUGCCUUGACUCUACCUCUUCCUAUUCUCAUACUUCUAUUCAAUGAGUAA